AUGCCUUCCUAUUACAACCAACACCGUGGAAAUAUAUACAGCUCGCUUGCUUUAACUCAGCAGGCUUUCGAGCGAAACCAUCUGCUCCCAGCGAUGGAUGGAAUGACAGCAGUCCAGAUGAAUCCAUUGCUAAUCCCUAACAAGGAAAACCCAAGCACCUCCCAUCAGCCCCACUGGAAAUCAGAUUUCGAGCCUGCCAGCAUACAGAGAUAUGUGAAGGCAUAUGAGACACACAUUCAAAGUGUGUAUCCCUUGUUCCCACCAAAAUAUUUGGAUCGGAUAAUUGCGCAUCUGCAGGGAGAAGUCGAAGCCGGGCAUUAUGGUCCAGAAACUGCACAGUCACAGCACAAGACUCUCAAGCUCACAGAUUGUCUCACCAACGUGCAAGCUCUCCUAGUCUUGGCUCUAGGGAAUUCUGUUGAGAUUCAUCAUUCUUUCGCGGCAAACAAGGAUAACUUUCCUGGCAUUCGUUAUUUCUCUCACGCAAUAGCUUAUUCUUGCUUUGGAUUCAAGAUCUGUAAGCCUAGCACUUCUGAAUAUAGCUACAUCUGCGCACACAUCCUCGCUAGCCUCUACUACAAACGACUCGGAAAACCCGAAACUGGCUUCAGGCAUAUCAGGCUUGCACAGGAUACAGCCGGGGAUAUAUUGCAUUCGUACAAACUUAGAGCUGAAUUUCGAAUCGACUCGCUUGCUACAACACCUGGAACCAGCAUGGUCCUUACUGCUUUCUGGUGUUCCCGUAUACUUCGAAGUAUUGUUGCUGAACAUAACAGUGAUUACAAUUGGACCUACAACUUCACCUCUGCUGCGCUCUGUAAUCUUGAAGCAACUUUGCCACAUCCGCAUGAGGCAACGCUACGAAAUCUGGGGUUCUCGGACAGCGCUAUCUUGUCUCUCAUCAAAUUUGUGUCCAUUGAAGCAUUUCGGCACACAUGCAUCAAGGCAUUAGCCUUGUCACAUACCAACGAUUUCUGGAAAGAUCCAGAACAGCCAGUCACAAUCGAUACCACGAUCCUAUGGGCCAGUGCGGAUACGAUGAAAUGCCCCCAAGGUCUUGAUGAUAUCGACAUGAGUCGAAUCAAAACGUAUCUGGAGAUAAUACCAGACAAUAUCAUUCCCCUUAACAAUGUUCAAGAUGCACGAAUAUUAGAUAAAGCGUGGAGGAAUCUCAUGUUGCUUAGUGCUCUCUAUCAAAUACCGGUGUUAAGUGACUUCAUCAUGAGAGAGAAAUUGCGGGAAUUAUAUCGCAAAGUCUACAAACUAUUCGAGAACUCGAGGAGUAGAAAUACGGUCGAUGUUCGAGCAAAGAUGUCCAUCUUGCUGAGUUUGACAAACACGAUGCCUGAGAAGCGCGAGCUCGCAAUCGAGUACAAGGAGGUUGCAGAAUAUGAUCAUGCAAUGUGUUGA